GCCCAAAAAGACAACAUAUAUAUAAUAAAUAAAUACAUUCCCUAGCUAGUAGUUUCCCUUGACACUCCGUUGCCGCCUGGCAGGCAUCGUUUCCUGCCUAAUUGUUCUUAUUUAUAUCAAUCUUAAUUCUAUUUUUAUGUAGUAAUAAUUGCUACAAUAAUAAUAACAAUGGCGGAAAAGGUUAUGCGGGCGCUCCAGUUCGAUUCCUAUGGAGGAGGUGCUGCUGCUCUCAAGCACGUCGAAGUACCAGUUCCCAAGCCCAGUAAAGGUGAACUUCUGUUAAAACUAGAGGCAACUAGCAUAAAUCCAGUUGACUGGAAGAUACAGAAGGGCAUGUUACGCCCUCUUUUCCCACCCAGAUUCCCGUGGAUACCAGCUACUGAUGUCGCAGGAGAAGUGUUAGAUGUCGGACCUGGAGUGAAGAAUUUCAAAGUUGGUGACAAAGUUGUGUCCAUGCUUAACGUAUUUAAAGGUGGAGGACUAUCCGAGUAUGCUGUGAGUAGUGAUAAUCUGACCGUUUCUAGACCACCAGAGGUAUCAGCAGCGGAAGGUGCUGGGCUUCCUGUAGCUGGCCUUACAGCACUCCAAGCCCUCACCUAUCACGGAGGUGUUACCCUUGAUAAAUCCAGCCCAAACACCACCAACAUCCUCAUCACUGCUGCUUCGGGUGGUGUAGGCCAAUACGCCGUCCAACUUGCAAAGCUAGGUAAUGUUCAUGUCACCGCCACAUGUGGGGCCCGCAAUAUAGACCUCGUGAAAAGCCUGGGUGCUGACGAGGUUCUCGAUUACAAAACCCCACAAGGGGCAGCAUUGAAAAGCCCAUCCGAUAGGAAAUAUGAUUUAGUGAUCCAUUGUGCCACACCUAUUCCCUGGUCUACUUUCGAGCCAACUCUUGGCCCUAGUGGGAAGGUCAUUGAUGUAACCCCGGGGGCGAGUGCGUUUUGGACGGCUGUUGUGAAGAAAAUUACAUGCUCAAAAAAGAAACUAGUCCCAAUUCUUCUGUUUCCAAAAGCUAAAAACCUGGAGUACAUGGUUGGGUUGGUGAAAGAAGGAAAGCUUAAAACUGUAAUUGACUCGAAAUAUCCUUUAAACAAAGCUGAAGAGGCUUGGGCAAAAAGCAUUGAUGGGCAUGCUACUGGUAAAAUAAUUGUAGAGCCUUGAAUAGUUGGACUUGUAAUUUUGAUGUUAUAUGAUUUCCACUGAUUUGCGAUAUGAUUGUAUAUGGACACACAUAUAGUUUACAUUCUAUAGCCAAGUAUCAAACAAUAUAUAUAUAGUUUAUUAUAAUCUCUUCUACUGAA